AUGGAUGACAACGGUGACUGGCAUAUUAAUGGUGCUACGUUCCAGCUGAUCAUGCAGAACGCCGACGUGCUAGAAUCUCUUCGAGAUUGUGGGACCGACGUCGACGGGCUCUUGAUGUUGACCGAGGUCUUGUUUCCUACUGAAGCCUCCGUGAUUACAUAUCAAGAGUUUGUCUCUGUCAUCGUGCGCCUCCGUAAGGGUAAGCCCGUGAGCAUCUCUGAGGUCAUCGGGCUUCAGGAGUUCAUGAAACAGAAGAUGGAUCAGCUCGAUGAGAGUAUUCGAGACGGAAUGCAAUUGGAGAGCAGAGCGGCGUCAAGGGUUGGCAGCGUCGUUGACGCAGAUAGAGUGCGUCGCAGGGUCACGCAGUUGACCGCAGAGGUACGCCCCGAGGAUCGAAUUCUCCAGGCUAGACAUUCUGGGAAAUCUCCACAAUCACCGCUAGUCGAGCCUCAGUCCCAGGCAGACAAGAUACGCAAGAAUUGGAUCAGCAAAUUGGGAGGAUCUGGGCAGCGCUCCUUCUGA